AUGUCGAACCAAAUUGUAACCCGGAAAAUGAUGGACGAGCUCAGUCAGAAGGAGGUUGUCGAACCUUGGCAAGUGAUGGAGGAUAUCAAGGCUAAGAACUGGGAGACCAAUUUCGAAUGGAUGGGUGUCCUCUCCGUUGCACCGGCUUCUAUUCAGCUGUUAGCCAUGUGUGCGGCGACAGCAGCAAGGCCUGAAGCCCAGGGAUUAGAGCUGUAUAAUAACCCGGAUUUUAAGUAUCUCCGAAAGACCGAGUCUCUUCAGGGUGCCCUGGUUCAAGUGAGUAACGAUGGUCGAAAGGCGUUUGGGAAUGCUUACGGACACAUGGACAAUAUCUACCAAAAAUCCGGAGCCGUCGAGGAAUUGGUUGGUCAAAUUUUUAGGGCACUCUCUAUGCAGAAUACCGACGUAGAAGUAGAGCUAAAAGCCAUUACGAAAUUGUCUGAUGAGUGCCUCAAGUCUGCUGAAGGGAUGCUCCAGGACUUUGUGGAGUGGGAAGGGAUUGUCAAGGACCUUCAUCAGGCAUGUGAAGACCGAGAUCAGGGAGCCCAGCGAGCCAUCCUGGAAGGCGAGAAGGAAGCCUUCCUGAAUGCCGCACGCGAGGCGCAUUUCAAGAGAGAGGAGGCCCGGAUGCAGACAGAGCUGGUGAGUAAGAAGCAAGAAGUUGUUGAACUGAAGGAAAGUCUUGACAAAGAAUUGGCAAAUUUCCCUCGUGGCAUGGAGCUGGCAAAGAUGGACAUCUUCAAAAGUCUCGCCGACAGCGUGACUUCACUUUUCACGGCGCUGGGCAAUGUUGGGUCGGCAUUUGCGGCAGGCAAAAGUCCUGCCGCCUUGGGCAAUGCCAUCGGCGGGGCUUUGGGUCCUAAAAGCUCCUCGACCCCAAGCACAGCAGGAGCGGGUUCGGAAGCUACCGAUGAUGAGGAUGAUACCAAGGCCACAAGUAAUGUUGGGGACGAGAAAGCCUAUCUUCAAGCUGGAUUGAUUUCAAUGGCCCUGCAACAACUUCAAGGUCUUUUGGAAGGCGACGACAAGGAUGGCAUUCAAUGGAACUUGGUGACUGGCGUCGGAGCCGAAAAAAAGACUGCAGCGAAAGACGGGAGGCAGUGGAGUCUCGAGGCUGUGGAAGCAAUGCUAAGCAUGAGCAGCAAAACCUUGAAAAGCUCAAGUGACAAGAAAAAUUCCAAGACAGGAAAGAAAUUGCUUGGUGCACUUGAGACAGCGAAUCCGGUACUUAAAGACCUCAACAAAGAGGCCACAGAUGCAAAGACGGUGAGCAAGGUCUGGAAGCAGCCCGAAGACAAGCAGAUUAAGAAUUGGCUUGAUAUCGUGGAAAAAGGUCUGGCCGCCGUCCAGAAGAUCGAAGCCGCCCGGAAAGGGUCCAAACAAGCUUCCCGGCCCUCUCAAUCCCCAGUUAAUCUCACUCUGGCAUCGCCACCUGCCGUAGCCGGACAGAGUGUGAGUCAACAUGUCGUGGCGGCCCAUCGCUUCUUGGUAGAGACGGCGAAACAGGGGUACAGAAACUCCAGCAAUGCACUCGAUCAAAUGAAGAGAGAAAUUGCAGAACUGCAAUCCAACGUCAGCCAGAUCACAGCUAAGGGGCAAAAUCUUGCCGCAGAAAAAUUGACACUGCAAGAUAUUAAGGAAGUCCUGAAAGAUUGCAUAGAUUACGUCAUCACGUUGAAAGAUCAUAUCACGCGCAUGCUGAUAUUUUUCCGCACGUUCAAGAACAGAGUGGACACAGUGAUGACGUCCCAACUUGAGCCGUUCACAGGAAGGGUCCAGAAGAUUAUCAAUAAUCAUAAAUUGUUGUUCGAUCUCAUCCUUCUGCAAUCAAACGCAAUUCAAAUAUGGGCCAGUUUUGAGCAAUUCAAAGAUAUUGCCGAGAUGUACAAGCAGAUUUACAACCCUCAUCUGCUCGAUGGUCUUAAUCUCGUCGAUCGUAUGACCCGACUACCAAAGGGAUCGGAUUUUGGUAGGCAGUUGGAAGAAAUCGAAAAGUGGAAGAAGAGUGUUCAAGGCAAAGUCGACCAAAUUAUCGAAAAGCAAAUAUCCCAAGUCAAGAGUAACCUAAAAGAAGAUGAGAGGAAAUUGCUCGAGAGUCAAUUCAAGCUCCCAGAGGCUCCCAAACGGCAGCAACUGGCAAUUCAGCAGGGUAUCGAAGAAGCCAAAAACGAGAUCGAUUUAAGAAUAGAGGGGGUUAACCCAGCACUCAUAUCGAUGGGGACACCUCACGUAGAGGCAACUGUAGAGGAACUUCAAACUGAGGUACAGCAGAUCAAGGCAGCCAGCGAUUAUGCUAGCGGCAUGACGGGCAGCGGAAGAAGAAGAAGAUGA